AAUCAGUGACCUGGUGACGGCAGUAUGCAUCCCCAUCACAAUGGUGAUGUAUCUUCACAUGAUGCUGUUGCCUCCAGUCUCUCAGCCGUCAUACUCAGAAUACAGAGACUCGACAGCCAGCGGGCCAUUUGCAGAGUCGGUAACAGCAGCUGAUGAUGAACCAACCCAGACUUCGGACUCCCUAAGAGUGGGUCCUCCUUUAAACAUCACAGGGAACGCUGACGAGGACCUGUUGCUGAUGACGCCCCUGCUGAGGUGCGGCGCCACCACCGUCAGAAACCUGCUGAAGUUCCUGAAGAAGGACAACCACUUCGAAGUGGUGUCCAAGCCUCCGAAGAAGGCAGAGGUGGUUCAUAUACCAAAUGUAGAAGCACAGAAUGAACUAGCGAGCAAGCUGGUGCAGCAGGAGGGGCCGACGGCAGUGUUGCAGUCCUUCUCUUACAUCAAUUUUACACAAUUUAACCUCACGAAGCCGAUCCACAUCAGCGUGGUGCGAGAACCGGUCGAGAGAGCCAUCAGCUGGUUCUACCACGUGAGGGCGCCCUUCCAGCUGAUCGAGAGACACAACCGCUUCCCGGAAACUAGUUUCCCAACGAGAGCUUUUCUCAAGAAGGACUUAGAAACCUGUCUGAAAGACAGGCGAGACAGGGAGUGUCGUUAUAUUCCAGGCAAGGAGGUCCUGGGUCACACCAUUGAGUUCUUCUGUGGGCACGAACCGUUUUGUCCGAUAUUUGCAAGUCCCGAAGGAUUUCACCGGGCGAAGGAGGUGGUCGAGAAAGAAUUUGCUGUCGUAGGCAUCCUGGAGGAGUGGCCGAAGACCCUGGCUGUCCUGGAACACUACAUACCGCGGUAUUUCAAGGGCGCCACUGAGGCCUACUUCAAGGAGAUGCACGGCAACAAGAUCCUGACCAACCAGAACUUCUAUAAACCCCAAGUGGAAGAGAAGGCGCGGGAAUACCUCAGCAGGAACUUCACCAUCGAAUUCGAAUUCUACGAUUUCUUGAAACAGCGACUAGACAGACAGUACAGAGCCAUUGCCGCGUCUCUGCCAUCUACGUAAAGGCUGCGGCUCCUUUUUGUUAUUUGGUGUUAUGAUUGAAAAAAUCCCACUAGUUUGUAGGGAAAAAAGGCCAAAAGACCGUAAAUAAGUCGCAAGAGGAGAAAGUGGGCCUAAGGGUUGUGCCCCUAUACCAGGAGGAAUCGUGAGAGAUAGUUUUAGCCUGUCAAAACGCGCACAAAAAAGGAAAAUUGAAGACAUGGAUAAUUCAGCGUGCCUCGUUUUUUGCCACAUUGCAUCCUGUAAGAUUAUAGUGAAUUUAAUCCGGAAGAAACUGCUAACUCGUUGGUUCUGUUUUUUUUUUUUUUUUUUUUUUUAUUUAUAACGACCGUUAAGAUGCACAAUCAUUUGAAUGAUGCAGGCAAAGAAUCUUUCAUCGGAAAACGAAUUCACACUUUUGAUAUGGUCAUAUACCUGCCUAACCAUUAUAUAUAUUUUAUAUAGACAUACCAUGUCUGAGUAUUUAGUGAAGCCGAAGGCAGCAAUAGACUAUAACAUCCUUAAGAAUGCGGGAAUCCCGUUGCCACCGAAGCGGGCUACUUGCGGAUGGCUUGUUUUUACACAUUAAUGUAAGAGGUGAUGUUCAGAACUUCAGAAGGAUGUUAACCUCCAUUUCUUUUGAAAAGGAGCAACAAUUCCCACAGACAAGCUUAAAAUAAAGCUAUUAACUUGUAAAGUACACUUUAUGAAAUAGAACAAUAAGAACAAUCAAUUGUGGAGAGAGAGAGAGAGAGAGAGAGAGAGAGAGAGAGAGAGAGAUUCAUUACACAAUAGGAAGUACAAUUGGGAAAAUACGACUUGAUUGAAUGGAAAAAGUCUAACCGAGAUGUCGAAUAAGUGUUCCGUUGUAGUAACCGCUUAGUUGACAGUAGCGACCAUAAAUCAGGUAGAGAAACAAUUGUAUAAAUCA